ACUGAGGGCGGAACUGAACAAGAGCAGGAAGCCAUUGAAGGAGACAAACUGCACUGUUGUCCGCUCGCUGGUGAAUAAACACCACUUUUAUAUACUUUGUCUGUUACAGCCUUUGUCUUCCACAAGUGUGUAGAUACUAAACACCAUGGCGUCCCUUUUUAAGAGGAAGACUGUCGACGAUGUCAUCAAGGAACAGUCGAGGGAGUUGCGUGGCACCCAGAGGCACAUCACAAGAGACCGGGUGGCACUGGAGAGGCAAGAGAAGCAAAUGGAAGCGGAGAUCAAGAAAAUGGCUAAGAGUGGCAACCGUGAGGCAUGUAAGAUCCUCGCCAAGCAGCUGGUCCAGCUGAGGAAGCAGAAGAACCGCACAUACGCCGUGAGCUCCAAAGUCACCUCCAUGUCUACUCAGACCAAAGUCAUGAACUCCCAGAUGAAGAUGGCCGGGGCCAUGUCCACCUCAGCAAAGACAAUGCAAGCAGUGAACAAAAAGAUGGAUCCUCAGAAGACCCUGAAGACUAUGCAAGACUUCCAGAAGGAAAACAUGAAGAUGGGCAUGACAGAAGAAAUGAUAAAUGACACUUUAGAUGAGCUCUUUGAUGAGUCCGGUGAUGAAGAGGAAUCUGAGGAUAUUGUCAACCAAGUUCUGGAUGAGAUUGGUAUCGAGAUCUCAGGAAAGAUGGUCCGAGCGCCCGCUGCAGGAAAGAACGUCCCGGGCGCCGCCUCGUCCAAAAAGGCGACAAUCUCGGACGACGAGAUCGAAAGACAGCUCCGUGCUCUGGGAGUGGACUAACAUCUUUGGACUGCAACAUCUCUUCUCUUUCAGGCGGCAACUCUUCAACACACUGGUUUUACACACACACACACACACACACACACACUUGUAUUUCGUACCUUCUUGAGACCUCCGAAAAAUGCCUACCUCUUGAGGACCACCCAUUCUAAAGAAUUGAAUUUACAACAUUAAUAAUAUAUACAUACUAUGCAAAUAUAAUAAAGGAUGUUGUGAAAAAUGUGUUGGAAUUUCACAAGAAAAAUGUCACAAUUUCACAAGAAAAACUUAGAAUUUUGGCAGUGUUAUAAUAAAAGUCGUAAUUUUACUCAACACAAGUCAAAAAUGUAUAAGAAAAACGGAACAUUUGUGCAAUAUUAUGAUAAAAGUUGGAAUUUUACUCGGUAACUGUCGCAAUUUUACAAGAAAAGCUUAAAAUGUUGGCAAUGUUAUGAAAAGAGUCGUAAUUUUACUCGACAAAAGUCCAAAUUUUAUAAGAAAACCUACAAAUGUUGGCAAUAUUAUAAUAAUAACAAUCCGAAUUUUACUUGGCAAAAUGAUGACCAAAGUCAAGAGUUUACAAGAACAACAAAAAAAUUGUGAUACGUCAGAAUCUUAUACGUCAAAUGUCACCACUUUGCAUUAAAAAGUAAUAAUUUUACAUAAAGUAAUCAUUUUACGAGAAAAAAUUACAGAAAUAGAAAGAAUAUGAUAAAUUGUUCCCAAUUUUAUAAGAAAAAAGUCGACACAUUGUGAGAAAGAGUCGUAAUUUCACUCGACAAAAGUCACAAUUUUAUAAGUAAACUUUAAAAUUUUGGCAGUUAUAAUAAUCAUCCGAAUUUUACUUGGGCAAAAUUAUGACAAGUCAUCAUUUUACUCUAAAAAUGUCACUAUUUUACAAGAAGAACACAAAAAUUGUGAUAAAAGUCAUAAUCUUGUAUGUCAAAUGUCACCACUUUGCAUUAAAAAGUAAUAAUUUUACAUAAAAAGUAAUAAUUUUACGAGAAAACAUUGCAAUAUUACAGAAACAGAAUAUGAUAAAUUGUUCCCAAUUUUAUAAGAAAAAAGUCGACACAUUGUGAGUUCUUUCUCUUUUUUUUUGUAAUUGUUUUUUUUUUAAUCUUCAUUAUUUACUUCAAGUUAUUACAGUAUGUCUCUAUAUACAUAUAUAUUUUUUUUUAAUUAAUUUUGGCCAUAGAGGGUGCAUUUCAAUUUCUUACACCCACAUGUAAUUACAUAUGUUCGCCAGAGGGGGAGCACUUCAGAUUUUAACACACACUUGUUAUUUCAUAUGUUGCCCAGAAGGGGGAGCACUUUUAAAAGC